AUGCUCAACAAUUUAAAAUUUAUUAAAUUUAUUGAUUUUAGAGAUACAGAUGUGAUAGUAACAGCUAUCGCAUCAAAUAAUUUGGUGGCAGCAAAGAAAGACACCGAGUUAUUUGAUUCUGCAAAAAAAUUACGUGUUGCCAAUGCAAAACCAUUGGAAACUAAAUUAUUUAGAAUACAGAAAUGUACAAUAGCAAUGAAUGAAUCAUUACUAGCAUUAUACAUGCAUAAGUAUGCAGCUUGUCAAGAUUCUGUUCGCAAACUAUUACAAAUUUAUCCCGAGAAUGAUUACUUGUACUUAAUUUUGGUUGCUACAUCAUAUUUACAAAAGAAAACUUCAAAAGCAAUCCAAGAAUUACAAGAAUGCGUUAAAACUCGGCCUAGUUCUCUACCAAUCAAUUUUGCGUUAAUACAAUUGCAACUUUUGCAAUCAAACACCGCCGGAGCUUUAGAAUCUUUUUCCAAUUUUUUAGCUUCGAUCAACGAUAACACUGAAAAAAACAAACCCGGUUAUGUAGGUUUAUUGGUCUGGCUUUACGAGAAUGCUGGUUCACCGCAAAAAGCAAUUCAAGCGUUGGAGGAAGCUGGUGAAUUUUGGAAAAGUAGCGUUGGUUCUAGCGAAGAAAGUGCUUCGAUUCUUAAACAGACCGCAUCCUUUAAACUUAAAAUUGGUAAAUAUCGCGAAGCAGCUCAGGAUUUCGAACAAUUGGUCAAGGCUGAUCCAACCGAUACCCAAUCAAUAGCAGGAUUGGUUGCUGCAUACUCGCAAUAUGAUGUGACUUUGGCAGAGAAAUACGAAAGUUCUUUACCGGAUGUUAUCACAUCUUCAACAAUGGAUAUUGAUGUCGAGUCACUCGAGAAGGUUGUACCUGGUGUCAAAAAAAGUUACGUUAAAAAGAUCGAUGGCAAUAUAUUAUCGUCAUCAACAGCAAAUAAUAAACCAAAGAAGAAAAGGAAACGUAAGCCUCUGCUUCCUAAAAGUUAUGAUCCAUCCAUAAAACCAGAUCCUGAACGUUGGUUACCAAAACAUGAGAGAUCCACUUACAGAGUAAAAGGUAAAAAGAAACUACAAAUGAUGAAAGGUUCACAAGGCGUUUCUGUAGGAAUCGGUGCUGUUUCAACAUCUACACCAGAACAGCAGCAGCAACAAACCCCUCAAAAACCAAAACCUGGUGGUGGUGAUAAUAAAAAUAAAAAGAAGAAAAAGAAAGGUGGUAAUAAAUGGUGA